UUCUGUCUCUCCAGUAAUAGUGCUUGCAAAAAAAAGGAGUUUUAAAGCUUUUGCUUUUUUGGAUUGUGUGAAUGCUUCAUUCGCCUCACAAACAACCACAGAACCACAAGUGCGGUGCAAACUUUCUCCAGGAGGACAGCAAGAAGUCUCUGGUUUUUAAAUGGUUAAUCUCCGCAGGUCACUACCAGCCACCGAGACCAACAGAGUCAUUUAAGGCUGCAAGCAGAAUUUACAACAGAGGGUACAAGUUCUGUCUGAAAAAAAAAGGAGGGACUAUGGCAUCAAACAGCCUCUUCAGCACAGUGACACCAUGUCAGCAAAACUUCUUUUGGGAUCCGAGCACCAGCCGGCGCUAGCCUCCCUCCAGCAGCCUGCAGCCCGGCAAGAUGAGCGACGUGAGCCCGGUGGUGGCUGCGCAACAGCAGCAGCAGCAGCAGCAGCAGCAACAGCAACAGCAGCAGCAGCAGCAACAGCAGCGAGCGGCGGCGGCGGCGGCGGCGGCGGCGGCAGCGGCGGCCGCCGUGCCCCGGUUGCGGCCGCCGCACGACAACCGCACCAUGGUGGAGAUCAUCGCUGACCACCCGGCCGAGCUCGUCCGCACCGACAGCCCCAACUUCCUGUGCUCUGUGCUGCCCUCGCACUGGCGAUGCAACAAGACCCUGCCCGUGGCCUUCAAGGUGGUGGCUCUGGGAGAGGUACCAGAUGGAACUGUGGUUACCGUCAUGGCGGGCAACGACGAAAAUUAUUCUGCCGAGCUCCGAAAUGCCUCUGCUGUUAUGAAAAACCAAGUAGCGAGGUUCAACGAUCUGAGAUUUGUGGGCCGGAGUGGAAGAGGCAAGAGUUUCACCUUGACCAUAACUGUCUUCACAAACCCUCCCCAAGUAGCCACCUAUCACAGAGCUAUUAAAGUUACAGUGGAUGGACCCCGGGAACCCAGAAGGCACAGACAGAAGCUUGAUGACUCUAAACCUAGUUUGUUCUCUGACCGCCUCAGUGAUUUAGGGCGCAUUCCUCAUCCCAGUAUGAGAGUAGGUGUCCCGCCUCAGAACCCACGGCCCUCCCUGAACUCUGCACCAAGUCCUUUUAAUCCACAAGGACAGAGUCAGAUUACAGACCCCAGGCAGGCCCAGUCUUCCCCGCCGUGGUCCUAUGACCAGUCUUACCCCUCCUACCUGAGCCAGAUGACGUCCCCAUCCAUACACUCCACCACCCCGCUGUCUUCCACACGGGGCACGGGGCUUCCUGCCAUCACCGACGUGCCCAGGCGCAUUUCAGAUGAUGACACUGCCACUUCUGACUUCUGCCUCUGGCCUUCCACUCUCAGUAAGAAGAGCCAGGCAGGUGCUUCAGAACUGGGCCCUUUUUCAGACCCCAGGCAGUUCCCAAGCAUUUCAUCCCUCACUGAGAGCCGGUUCUCCAACCCACGAAUGCACUAUCCAGCCACCUUUACUUACACCCCGCCAGUCACCUCAGGCAUGUCCCUCGGUAUGUCCGCCACCACCCACUACCACACCUACCUGCCACCACCCUACCCCGGCUCUUCCCAAAGCCAGAGUGGACCCUUCCAGACCAGCAGCACUCCAUAUCUCUACUAUGGCACUUCGUCAGGAUCCUAUCAGUUCCCCAUGGUGCCGGGGGGAGAUCGGUCUCCUUCCAGAAUGCUUCCGCCAUGCACCACCACCUCGAAUGGCAGCACGCUAUUAAACCCAAAUUUGCCCACCCAGAAUGAUGGUGUUGACGCUGAUGGAAGCCACAGCAGUUCCCCAACUGUUUUGAAUUCUAGUGGCAGAAUGGAUGAAUCUGUUUGGCGGCCAUAUUGAAAUUCCUCAGCAGUGGCCCAGCGGUGUCUGGGAGCCGCAUCCCAAAUGUAUCGAUAUAUACAUAUAUAGAGAGAGCGCAUAUAUAUGUAUAUCAAUUAGCUAUCUACAAAGUGCCUAUUUUUUAGAAGAUUUUUCAUUCACCCACUCAGUCAUGAUCUUGCAACCAUGAGAGGGUAGACACUGAGAAGCAGAAGGCCCAAGAGAGACAAUCGUAUUCAGGUUUCAGAUGGUUUUCUAUGUAAGACGUACUUUCACAAAGGAAAAAGGUAUUUUUGUUGUGUUGUCGUUUGGCCUGUUAUCGUAAAUAACCCGUUCCUAUGCCAAUUCAGAGAGGUGGACUCCAGGUUCAGGAGGAAGAAGAGCAAAGCCGCUUCUUCUCUGUGCUUUGAAACCGCACACCCUCACGGUUGCAGCUGUGUAUGGACCAGUGCCCUCUGCAGACCAGCUUACAAAGCCAGUCGAGGUGCACGCAGAGGGCAAAGAGGUAGAAUGGACGCUUCCCGCAUAGUGCGAUCCAUUCAGAGUAACUGUUCCAAACUGCUCUCAGACUUGCCGCAAGUUCUCGUACGAUCUGUUUGGUUCAGUUUUGUUGUUGUUGUUGUUGUUGUUGUUGUUGUUGUUGUGUUCCUACUUUUAAGAAAGUGACUCCAAAAAUACUGAUCAGGAUAGAUGAUUUUAUUUUACUUUUUUGUACUUUUUUUGUUUCCUUUUCCCAUUUAACCAAAAAGAAAUCCCAUCCUUCGAUCCUUACCCUCCUUCUCCUUUUUCCUUUUAUGCAAAACUGAAAAUGGCAAUACCUUAUUAUAGCCAUAAUGGUAUAGAUAGUGUUUGUGUUUGGCUGUGUGUUGUUUUCUUUUUUUUUUUUUAAAUUAUGAAUAUGUGUAAAAUCUGAGGUAACUUGCUAACGUGAAUGGUCAUAUAACUUUAAAGAUAUAUUUAUAAUUAUUUAAUGACAUUUGGACCCUUGAAACAUUUCUUAGUGUACUGAUGUGUUGACUUCGGUCUCUAAAAGUGCUCUUUAUUAAAUAACAAAUUUCUUCAGUGGGCUAGAGCCAUAUCUGAAAUAUUGCUAAGCAGUUUCAGUUCAGGCACAAUGUGAUUUUCAAAAAUACGUCCAUCUCCAAAUAUUUUAGAUGUAGCUUGUUUUUGUGACGUAUGAAGGAAAUGUUAUGUCUCGUUCUUUCAGAUCUUUGAUCGCCUCUAACACAGCUUUGCCUUUUAAAGCAAUAAUUGGGGAUUUAAAAACCAACUCUUAGCCCUUUAUCUCUUAUUGUUGCCCUUUAUUAGCAUGAAAUGCUGGAGUGAUGUGGGUUCCUAAUUUCUUUCAAAUAACAAUGACUCUUGUCAUACUAAAAAGACAAGCACAAGUGAAUCAUGGAACUGCAGAAAAACGUUCUGCCGUUUCAUAGUUAAAGCAAAACUCUAAAUCGCCAGGCUUCACAGGGAAGACGUAGCAGGCGGCCGCACUUGUGGCUGAAGGGUCCAUCAGGAUGCACUUGAUGUACAGGAAAAGCCAAAUUGUCCCGGGGAUUCUUAACCCACUGGCCUUGCCAAACAGAAAGUCAGGAGAACCCAGGCCUGCCCUCCCCGAGGCCCCGCCGGCAGCUCUCCACGGACUCUGCCCUUAAAGGAGCAGAUUCAGUCAUUGUCUUAUGGGGGAGCGGGUCAUCUGAAGUAGCAGGCAAGUUCCAGCAGGUAGCUGACCUGAGAGAACACCUGGCCUGUGGGGAGCCAUAGCCAACCCUUCUGCGUCAAGGGAAGGCAAGGUCAUGUGGAGUUUGGGAUCUUACUACUGUGUAUGAAUCUGAGCGGAAGCCCUCCUGUAAGAUGCACUUUGACCGCUCCUGGCAGAUUCUCAAGCGGGAAUCCUUAAUCCAAGCCAGGGUCAUUCGACGACACCACCGGGCAAAUCCCUGCCUGGGCUCCCACAGGUCCGGGCCCCUUCCUUUCAAUUCGGUGCCCCUCUGAACAGAACUUCGUAGAGAUUUGCCUCCAGCGCCUAGAGACCCCUGCUCUGUCGUCCUGCCGCAAGCCCGCUUCGCUGGCCGCCAGGCCUCGCAGGGCAGCGUGGGGGGCCCCGUGCUUCUCGCUGGGCGCCUCCCUUGCAAUCGCCCCGACUCCUCCCAACCAAAACCGAGGGCAAAACAAAACAAAGCAAAACGAAACUGGUUGCCUUCUAAAGGUUGUAUACCAAGUAUGCUUAGAUAAAUAAGCCACUUUUCUCUUAACUAAGAUGGCAGUAGUAGCUGAUACUAUUUAUUGUUUGUGUGUGGUAGCUUGAAGCACGACACUGUCCAUUUAUUUGUAAGUGUAAAAUAUGUGUGUGUGUUUCAGCAGCACUUAAAAAAGCCAGUGUCUGGUUACACAUUUCAAUUUUAAUUAAUUGACCUAAAAAUGUUACCGCCGGUGCCAGCUGUACCCUAUUUAAUAAUAAAAAAAAAAGGUACUAUAUUUGUACAUUAUUUUUUAAUGUUAAAAGGGCUUUUUUAAGUUUACAGUACACAUACUAAGUGACUUUAGGGAUGCUUUUGUGUUGAAAUGUUAUUAGAGUGGCUGCAGGCAGCAACCCAGAAACACUUUAAAAGUUUUUUUUUUGUUUUUUUUUCCUUGGGAAAAAUUCAAGCACUUGUCCCCUCCCUCCAACCACUCCAAAGGGGUAAGUCACAUUUCUUAGAUCAAAUUCUGCCCUUUGUCAAAGCCUGGGGGUUAAAUUUUCCUUUUUCGUUUCCUUUUUUUUUUUUUUUUUUUUUUUUUUUUUAAACUGAACCCUUAAUUUGCACUGGGUCAUGUGUAUGAUCUGUGAUUUGAAGACCAAAGCAAAGCCUUACUACUGCUCCUACCGUGAAGCCAUGUAGUAGCCAACGCUCUGUAUUUCCUUCAGGUUAAAGGAGCAUGGUUCUUUGUAGCGCCAACGUUGCUGGAGUUUACAGCGUGGCCAACACAGACACGUUGAUCUGUUUGAGUUGUCUCACAAAUUGUAACCUCUGCCAGGGCCCCCGCACAAGUACCACAGCGUUGGUUUUGGAUGAGGGAAGUGACCUCCAGCCUGGAACCGGGAGAGACGCAACAGAUGAGCUGUGGGUUACUCUGUAGACAGUGUCGCCCCACCGGGGCCUUUUAAAAGGAAGCUGAGAAAUCCACACCGUCAGGGACCAUCCGUUGCAAACUCAGAGGGGACGAGAUGUGUGUGCUGGCUUAGAGUUCCCUCCAUUCCCAGGAAAGGAACGGACUCAGAGUCUAGGUUAAUGCAUGGAAACACAGAGCAUGAGCGAGAACAGGAGUUAUUUCUAGGAUAUUCGAAAGAACAAUAACCAAUAAAAUAAAAGCGACUCUUCCAAACCUUGAAUUUGUUGUUCUUAAAAAAGGAAUGCAUUUAAAAAAUAUUUUCUGUGUGAGAAUUUUUUAGAUGUUUGUUUACUUCAUGUUUACAAAUAACUGUUUGCUUUUGAUGCAGUACUUUGAAAUAUAUCAGCCAAAACCAUAAGUUACAGUAAUUUCUUAGGUAUUCUGAAUAAAAUUCCAUUUUUUCUUUUUGGAUAUGCUUUACCGUUCUUAGAUUUCUGUGGAACAAAAAUGUUUGUAGCAUUUUGUGUAAAUACAAGCUUCUCAUUUUUAUUUUUUUCCAAUUGCUGUUGCCCAAGAUCUGCUUUCCCUGCACAUAUUGUACAAAUUCUGGUUUGUCCCACAGGCCAUGAUUGUGGAUGAGUUUACUUUCAACUUCAAAGGGACUAUUUGUAUUGUAUGUUGCAACUGUAAAUGGAAUUAUUUGGCAUUUUUUUCUCAUGAUUGUAAUAUUAAUUUGAAGUUUGAAUUUAAUUUUCAAUAAAAUGGCUUUUUUGGUUUUGU